AUGGCUUCAGAUUCCAAUGAUACAGUUAAAGUAAAUAAAUUUAGUGAAAAUGAAGUGUUAAAGAAAGUUCAUAGAGACAUUUCAUCGGCUAAAAAUUAUUAUUCCACAAAAAAACAGAAGAAUGGUCCCAAAAUUAAGUAUAAACCGAAGAAAUUGCUUAAAAAUGUAAAAAGUAAUAAUCAUACAACCAGUAAUGAUUUAUCAUCAAAGUCUAAGGAUGAUAAAUCAUUUUCUGCGUUAAUGAAACUGGGUGGUAAUGGCAAAAAUCCCUAUCCUAAAUCUACAGACAAUGUAAAUUGCCCUAGCAAGCUAGUAACAAAUAAUAAAAACACUAAUCGACCAAAUAAAGGCGGUAAAAAUAAGAAAAAUUAUAACAAAUAUAUAACUCAUGUACAUAACCCGAUUAAAUCGUCUCCAGAUAGCAUUAAUGAGUCUGAGAAUGCUGAUGAUAAAGUACCUAGUAAUGGCGCUAUUUCUGAACCAACUUCACCCGGUGCUGACUUUAGUGUUAUUUAUCCGUCUGAAUUCAUAAUAAACUCAUUUUCAGAUCUAUCCAACGUGUAUAAAGUCAGUAAGAUACUGGAUGAAAAUCUGCAACGCUGGCUACGUCAUGUACAAAAGGUUGCCGAGGAGGAGAAACCAAUGAUAGAAUCCGCCAUCAAACGUUUUGAGGAUGUUGUUUAUAAAGUAUUACACAAUGCGAAAAUCUUUGUAUUUGGCUCUUACUCAUCGUCGCUAAGAUUGCCGCACGGGGAUGUCGAUUUGACAAUUAAAGGAGCAGAUGGAUCUCCUGUGGAUAUACUGAAAAGUCUAAUUAAACAUAUAAGACCAAUUGCACAUAAUCGAGAGGUUUUUGUUAUUUUAAGUGCUAGAAUUCCAAUUAUCAGGUAUACUGACGCAGUAUCGGGCACCAAAAUCGAUGUAAACGCAAACCCAGGCGCAUCACUUAAAAGUACAAAGGUUAUUAAUAAUUGGAUCGAAAUUUUUCCAUCAGUAGAACCGCUUAUUAAAAUUAACAAGCAUUUAAUCAGAAAUUUUGACUUGAACGAUACGGCUCUCGGUGGAAUUGGAUCAUUCCUACUGUUCCACAUGUGUUUCGCAUUCUAUUUGAAUUUUGGGGAAUCAUGCAAAAUAAAUGAGAGUUACUCUGAUGGAUUCGCAAUUCUGUGUUUGUGGAAAUACUAUGGUAUGUUACACAACUACAAGAAAUUUGGAAUUGGCCCAAAUGGAGAGAUUAUCCCCAUUCCCACUUCAAACCAAAAUGGCGCCUUAAAACUCGUGGCUUACAGUCCAGUAAAUACUACUAUGGAAAUUGGGAAAAGAGCCCAUCAAAUGUCAAAGGUUAUAGCUUUAUUCAGGCAUGCAUUAUCAGCAUGCCUAUCCAUUACUGAGGGAAAAGUGGAACCUUAUAACUGUGACACUUUGCAAUUUUUGUUUAGCGAUUCGUAUAGCAAAGGCUCUGACAAACAUAUUUUUGAUCUAAAUAUUGCUAAGGAAUAA